AUGGAUCCCCAAGCCGGGCAAGCCAGCCACCGCCAUGAAAAACCUGAGGCCCAUAGGAGUCAUCAGCGUGCCAGGCAAAGUGCUAGCAGGCGCAGUGAAGACUCGCAUUGCACCAGCACUGCAGGAGAGCUCACAGCUUCAGCCUCAAUUUGCCUCAGGCAGAGGGGGGUGCGGGACGCCAUCGCGAAAGCAUGUCAGCACCUUGAUUUCGUGCAGCAGCUCCGUCAAGUGCAUCGCAGGGACCUGCACAAAUCCCAACGCGGAGCCAGGCAGGCUCAGCUGUCAGGGGCACUUACUAUUUCGGUUGAUCUGAGCAAAGCUUUUGAUUCUGUUAAUAGACAUGAGCUGGUAGCUGCCUUGAAUCGCCUGGGAACAGACCCUGUUACGAAAGAACUGGUAGUUCAACUACACAGUGAGACCUCCUGCAACAUGGGCACAAGUGGACUAGAGAUUCAAGUUCCCACUUCUUCAGGAAUCAAACAAGGUUGCAAGCUAGCCCCGGCAUUGUGGUCUGCGCUGACACUUCUAGUCAUGAGCAGAAUGGAGCAGAAAUGGGGCCCAGAUAGCAAGCAAGCUAGGGACAUCCUAACAGUCUUUGCAGACGAUUUCCUGCUCCAGGAAACCUUCUCGAGCUUUCCUGAACUUCAGAAAGUCCUGCUCAGAAUAGAGGCUCUCUUUCAGUCUCUUGAGGACGUGGGGCUGGAAGUCAAUCCAACGAAGUCCAAAGCCUUGCUAAUGGUUCAGGGCACUCAGCAGUCCAUCUUUCGCAAGAAGCACACGAUGCGCAAAGAGAAGCAGUUGCACAUCGUCCUUCCCUCAGGACAUAAGAUUCCGAUUCAUCACAAACUAACAUAUCUAGGGGUGCAGCUCAGCUAUGGAUCCUACAAAGACCAGACUGUUGACUAUAGGAUCGCCCAAGCUCAAGGCAAGUUUGAGCUACUUCGACACAUCCUGUGCUCCACUAAGGCCUUGGAGGCUUCAAAGAAGUUGGAGAUCUGGAGGGUCUAUGUGGAAUCCUCACUCUUGCAUGGGCUUGUGGCCACUGGCAUCACCUCAUCAGGUCUUCAGAAGCUUCAGAGUAAAUACUCGAGGAUGCUAAGAUCCAUCUUUAAGCAACAUCAGCACUACAGCCAUAUUGACACGAAGACUCUGUUCGAGCAAUAUAAGGUUCAGACUCCUCAAGCAGUUUUGAUCAGCCAGAUGAAAAACUAUCAAGACGCACUAGAUGCCUGUCAGAAGUACAACCCGGAUCAGAACAUACAGUGGUAUCUGGGACUUAGAGGUAGGAUUGUUGCGCUGCAACAGGAGCUUCAGAGCAACAAGACGCUGCCUGGCGUCUAG